GAUAUCUUCAACAGCUUUGAUGCCACCCUCGUCUUCUCACUGCUGGCGUCGUGUGGUGCGGCCUUUGUUCUACCGAAGGUUUCGCAGCCAGAGUCUCGUUUGCAAGAAACGCAUUGCCACUUGUCGCAGCGUAUACAGUCAGAUGGCAGUGCCGAGACACCAAGCAACAUCUCCGAGUCUGAACAAGCCAAGGCACGUGCAAGCUACAAACAGCGCCAGCGCCGCCGACGAUACGAGGAUGUGUAUUGGUCCAAUGUUCACAUCAACGCGAUUCUGCGGAAAGAGCGUCGUGAGCGGCGCAUGGACAAGCUUGUGCUCAGCAUCCUUUCGGAAGCAGAGGCCAUGGACUUCGCCGGCGCAAUUCUGUCGCCACUGGGAGUGACAAGACGCUGGCGCAGAGUCGUUGCGAUGAUUGCUUCAAAGAUGUUUGUCUCGUCGACGCUCUCCGAGCUCAUGGCUUCAAGGUGCGUAGAGGGCAAGUGGGAAGUAAAUUUCGGAAGACGCACCCACACCUGGAACGAAGCCGAUCUGUGCUUCCAGCCACAUAACCCUCAACCUUGGUGGCUGCAAGGGACACAUUGGCAGCUGAACACCUGUCAGCUGUCCGCAUUUUGCAUUUGCCCAGUGGCCCGAGUAGGAGGCGCAGGAAAAGCCAUCAAAUUAGAAUCAUUUGAUUGCAGAGGAGGCUCAUCGCCUGCCUCAACCAUCUUCCCAAAGCUACCGUCUUUCGUAGACAGCGAAUUCUCCGGUAGCGACCUUUCAUCGAGCCCGACAAGCUCACACGGCUCACACGCUCCCGUUCAUGACUUGUCUCUCAUGGCUAUUCGCUGCCGAAUCACCAUUUUCGAGGGACUGCUCUGUGACUACAAAGCCUUGUUGGCGCAUAUGCCAUCACUUUUUGAAACGGUUCCUUCACCGUUUAGCCCUUGCACCGACACGGCAUGGUAUGCACAGGUUGCAGAGAGGCGCACUGCCUUGUCUCUUCUUCGCACGGCAGCUGGGAUAGACAGUACAGAUGGCGACGAACUUGUGGCCCGGAUUUCCAAAAGGAUGCGCAUCCACAUUGCACUGCUACGCACUUUCAUGACACAUAUGCAGCAAGAUCCUCAGGAUUACUAUGCCCUUCCCAACCCUUGCGACCAUGCUAUGUCCAAGAGAGUGUGGGAAAGGGUCAUGCACCAGCAGCGACAGAAAUUUCGUGCAAUCUUUGGAGGCGAUAGCUCAAAUUUUCAUGCAAUCCUAUUGCUUUGCAUUGGCGAUAUUGCUGCAUAUUGUGGCGACCAUAUUGCCCCUCUAUGGCAGGUGUCAUCAACCUUUCGAAACACAAAACUUGGCCUGGAUGCGCGAGGUGGAAGCAUCAGUAUUGCCUUUGCUUGCACAGGAGAAGAGGUGCUGCGCCUGGAUGUUACAGAUGACUCUACGGUCAUGUGGAUGAAGCAGCAGGUCGGCACGCACUUGCGACAUCCGCCAUUUGGAGUGGCAUUGUUGGUGGAUGGCCGCUGCGCUUCGAACCAUCUUACCUGGUCCACCCUGGGCAAGCCGUAUGGCAUGCUUCUCGUUCUGAAGCAGAAAACAGAUGAGCAUUCUCCUGACUUGUUGCAAGCUAUAGUGGAUGAUGAUGUCGAAGCUUUGACCCACAUCCUUGAAUUGGGGCAAGAUCCAAAUGGAUGGUUGUGGGAUGCGGCAGACCAACGCUUUCAUCAUGGUCUAUUGUACGCUACCGACACCAGCUCCAUUGCGAGCGUGCGCUUGCUGCUAGAGGGGUUUGCAAAUCCAAAUGUGCUGACCGACGACCGUCGCAGCGCCUUGCAUGCAGCUGUUGCGCACGACCAAGAAGAGAUUGUGUCAGUUUUAUUGCAAUGGGGGGCAGAUCCCGACUUGCAAAACAGCAAUGGGGACAGCCCCUUGCACCUGGCAGUUGUUUACCAAGACGUUGUGUUUUCGGCCUGUCUUCUGUCAGCUGGAGCAGAUCCUCUCCUUUGCAAUAGCGAUGGCCAGGCACCCUUUUACUCUGCCGGAGCAGGCCUCAUGGCGGCGAUGUGCAUCCACCAAUGCGCUGCUCGCGCCACGCCUACGGAUUGGAUCAUCCGACAGCUGCCAAACAUACUUUCGUAUUGCUCUGGGAGAAGGUUGUGGGCAGUGUGUAGAUCUGUGUCGCAACAGCAAAGGUACUGGGAUGUGGAAGAUGUGCUUGGCGGUGGAGACCUGCCGUUUGACCAUGUGUCCUUUGUUAUGGCAUACACAGGGAGUGAGAUUUGCGUCCUGCCAGCCUCCGAAGAGUCUAUAGUCAUGUCCUUAAAGCAAGGUGUGGCUCUUCACCUAGGACAUCUUCCUUUUGCAGUUCGUCUCCUUGUGGAGGGUCAGCCAGUUCCAGUGGGAGGAACUUGGCCAGCGCUUGGGUCACCUCGAGUCAUGCACGUGGUUCUAGCACCCACAACCACCAAUCGCACAAUAGAUUUGGUCAAUGCUAUCCAGGAACAACAGCAUGACACAGUGAUCGAGAUUCUGGAAGCCGGGCAAGACCCUAAUUGCCAAUGGAUGGGGCGCUGGCGCGCCGAGCCUGUCACUCAUGUUGCAGCAUCUCGUGGCCAUUUCUAUUCGCUGCAUCUGCUUCUGGCUGGCUUUGCAAAUCCCAAUGUCGCCACCAGCGACGGGCGUACGGCCCUGCACUUGGGGGUCCUGGCAAACUCGCCAAUGACAUUGCACGUCUUAAUGGACCAUGGAGCCAACGUGCAUGCCAGAGACUCCCAGGGCGCAACCCCUUUGCAUUUUGCUGCUGUGACGGACAGCGUCGCUCUCGUCCAGCAGCUGCUCUCCGCGGGGGCCGAUCCCUUGCUGCCCGAUGCACACAACGAUCCGCCACUUUCAUGGUGGUGCGGCGCCAACGUCAGAGCAGCACUCAUGGACAGUUGUUGGUCGACAUUGUCAUAUCCUUGCCUUUUGCGUCUGAAUAUGCGGGCUUUAAAGUUAUAUGUGCAGUGUGGCCAGCUGCGGCUGCUGUGCCGGACCUUACGGGAUUGCCUCGGUGGAAGCCCUGCUCUCUUACUGCACCAGUACAUCUUUCGCAAGCCAGCUGCCCCUGCAGACCGCCCGCGAAUGUGGCUCCAGCUCAAGCUUUUUUAUAUGCACAUCGAGCCGCUUUCAUCCACUCUGGGCAAAUAUCCACACUUGUUUUGGGUUUUGCCAGUUCCAUUUGAUGUUUCGCAUCACUUUGAGGAGUGGAAGGUGCAGCUUCUCGCAGCAAAAACUUUCAUACAGUUGCUCCAGCUUGGGGAGCUGUCCAAUCUGGAGGCUGCACUGACUACAUGGUUUUGGCCAGAGAUUAUUCAAGACCUUUCCCUACUAGAUGUUUUGAGCACAGCGAAGACAUCAUCUAGCAAAAAGGUUCGCAAGCGACAGCUAUCAAGCGCCGUGCUCUUCUUCUCCACUCUGGCAAGGCCAUAUGGCCAAACUGUCCACAAGAAAGUGACUUCCAUGGGUACAAGCGUCUUUUAUCGCCACGUCCUGUUGCAACGGUUCUUGCAAACAUGCCAAAGCAAGCCAAGAACCAAGUCCAAGGUGCAUCCAUCAUCAGUUCUGCUGCUUUCCGCAGCUUUGGGGUCACAUUUUGGCGAUUGCCUAGGCGGCGCAUUGACGGACCCAGCUGCAUAUGUUCACCUUUGCAACAACAAAGAAAGGGCUCGCAGUCGCAAAAUGCAGAAGCUCACUCACUGGACGCAAAGUCAUGGAGGAAUGGAGUUGCCCUUGCGGGGAGACAGCGUGGAUGCUAUGGUUCCCUAUCGUCACGAACAUUUUGCUCCCUGCGUAGACAUCACAACUCUGGCAUGGCUUCACCCCCAUGACAGAGACCGUCACGUUCGGUUCGAGUCUGAAGGCCACGUGUAUUACAUCCGUGGCAAGCAGACCAAUGGAUCUGUGACUGGGUUGAUCCAUGCCUUCGCACGACCAUUCGAUGCCGACGAAGCAAUUUCCAAGAUGAUGGCAGGUGACAGAUGGCCUCGCGCAGGCUAUUUGCGACCAUUCUUAGGAGAGACUGUAUUGAAGCGCGUCCGCCAAGUUGAUGCAGACCUUGUGCUUGCUCUCCUGGACUCCCCCCGCAAUGACACAUGGAUCUCCAACCGGCUCCAGGGCCUGCGGACGAACUUUCCAGAGAUUGUCCAGAGUCUGGUAUUUGGCCCGCAUGAAAUCAAGCGCAUGUGGGAAGCCAACCGAAUUGAUGCUGCUCUUCGAGGCACCCACAUGCAUUUUUGGUUUGAAGCGCAUGUGAAUGGAUAUGUGGUGCCAAAAACAAGUCCAGAAUUCUCGAUGCUUGAAACCUUCUUACAAGACAUGCAAGGGUGGCGCGCCUUCCGCACGGAAUGGGUUAUUUUUGGUGAGGAAGAGAACAUAGCUGGGUCGAUCGAUCUCACUGCUAUAAACCCAACUGGACAAUUAGCAUUGAUUGACUGGAAACGAACGUCAGACCUAGCGUCCAAAUUUUCUUCUCCCUCCAAAAUGCUCCCUCCUUUGGCUCAUUUUCCGGAUUGCGCUGGUUGGCAUUAUCGUCUCCAACUGAAUAUCUACAGGUACAUCAUCGAAAAGUAUUAUAGCUUUGAGGUGUCACUCAUGCUGGUGGUCUGCACACAUCCAGACCAGCAAAUGCGGCCUUUCGUUGAUCACGUGCCGCGUCUUGAAACGGAGGUGGAUGCCAUGAUGACUAUCUGGAAGGAUAUUGCACGUGGACACGAUGUCCGCGGGGGAUCCACCUGCGAUCCACAUCUGGUGGGAGAGAUGGAAGCCGAGCUGGACGCCCUAGUGGCACAGGAGAUGUUAGAGCCGGAAGAAGCAGAGGCACCUCAAGAUGCUCAUUGUCCUGCCAGUCAAGCUGCCGAAGAUAUCCCUCGCCCAGAAGAAGAUGACGAAACUUUGCGGCGAUGCAAGAAGCGCCGCUUGCUACCUGGAGCCACCCAGUCCAUGCCGAAAUUUCAGGGAGAGUUUUUCAACAUGCGAACCACCGCCAGGAAAUCGUUGGAAGCUGCACUGGUCAAGGAGCCUGAGCAGUACCAUUCCCUGCUUCAUCAGAGCAGUCGCAUAAUCUCACAGAUCCGGAGUAUGAGGCCAGAGUGGCCUGAGCAGCUGGUCCGUGUGGUGGCAUGUGCUUGCAGAUUGCCUCACAUGAGACUCUGCGAUGCAUACCUCCGAGAGCAUAUCUAUCUGCUUUGGCUGAUGGAAGGGGGCCGAUACCUUCGGGUUCACAACGGGCAAUGCUUUUUGUAUCAUGAUUGCGGCGCGUUUCAAGUCUUUCGCGGCAGUCCUCCAGAGCAAACAGUGGCCCGAGUGAAGGAGUUCAUACUUCAGCUGGAAGGCUUGUUUCGGUGCCUCGGUGGUGGUGUGGAGCGAACAACUCCCAGCAUAGUCGACGCUGUGGACAGCAUGGAGACAGAGAGAGGUGGAAACAUCAAAGCAAUGCUUGACAGCUGGAUAGAUGCUGCAAUUUUCAUGAAACAGGUGCAACGUGCGCGCAGGCUCCAGCAGUUUGACGAAGAUGGCGAUGAGCAAGCUGAUGGCAUCGGAAUUGCUAAUGCGGGCGGAUGGGCCCAAAGCAUUGCGACUGCUCUAAGCAAAAUGAGUGUCACUUUGCAAAAGGAAGUCAUGGAUGAUAAGAUUUAUAGUCUUAUGAUAGAGUGGUGCGAAACACCUAGCAACAAACGAGCAGGCUGCGCGUACAAGGAUCUUUGUGUCGUCUAUGACUCACAGGAAGGCAACAUCAUGUUCGUUCAGCCCAGCCAUGCGAACAACAUAUACACAUUGAUCCCGCAUGCCUUGAAACCUGCCUUGCCUGAUCCAGUUCUUCAGGCAAGCGCUCGCUUGGAGAAGUUUUUCCAAGAGACCUUCUGGCGAAACUUUGACGUGUUUUUAUGCUGCCAAGCUGCUCAGGCACUUGCCAAAAGAGGCGAAAAUAUUGACCGAUGUUUUAUAGGUGAGAGCCCGGGUGGUGUUGGGCAGUCUCUCUAUAGCUCCCACCUGAAUGCCGUUUAUGGCCACAAUCAUGCCUUCAUUGAUCCCAACAUCUGGUAUGACGAGCAAGAACUUCGGAAACAGAUAGAGCAAUUUGCAGGCUGUUUUAUUUUGACAGCACAGGAGGCACCAGAAACUUCUCGACGCAUGCGUGAAGACCUUUACAAGAAAACAAUGAGUGCUGAUGGAAUGGCUGGCAGGCGGCCAUACGGGUACGUAACGCGCAUGAUUGAACUCAUUGGCUGGAAACGGAUGGAGGUGAACCGUUUGAUGUUGUUCAAAGGCGUUUCCGAGCACAACUUCCCUUCGAUCCUGCGGCGCAGCUUUCUCUGGCGUCCCCAUGCCCGCUUUGUAUGCCCCCAAUUCUUGGAAGAGCAUUACCCAGAUGCAGCGGAGGAUGGAUACUUCCCAAAAGAUCCUACUUUGAAGGACUUUCUCGUUUCCGGCCCAGCCAUUGCUAGUAGUGUGCAAUUGCAGCAUGCAUUUGAGCACACAUAUUCGCGAAAGGCAUGUCUCCACAUGAUCGAGUCGUAUUGCAAUCUUGGUGGGGAUCAAGGCCUAACAGAGGAUAAGAUGCGAAUGGCUUGUGGCCUGCAGCCGCGGCGGCGCGACACUGCAUUGGCUCCUGGACUUGGCCCAGUGGACGAUCAACUCACCCAGGAGGAAGCUGAAUCUUUGCAAAAGCAACUGGAGGCAGUGGUACGCCGUGUCAUGGAGGAGUGCCUGAGCAAGAACCUUUUUGCCAUUUCCUUGGAACACUUCAAAAGAUUAUCUUUGCCAGCAAACGCACCCAAUUUUGAUCGGGAAAGCCUGGUAAAGCAGCUCGAAGUGCACUCCUGGGCGAAGGAAGUUUGUCGAUCGCGGGGCAAAGGCAAGCGGCUCAUUGUUCCAUGUGUCUUGGGUUCCAGCUGCUUACAAAGUGUCAUAGACCUACAGGGGGAGAUUGUGCCAAUGGUGUACCCCGAGCUGUGGCAUGUAAGUGGCUUGCGGGAGUUUGCGUCCAGGCACCUUGCAAGAGAACACAAUGUUGUUACCAUGAUUGCGCUUUUUGAUGCGCGCGCCGCUGCCUUGAAGAAGCGAGGAUCCGGAAAGCUCAGUUCCGAGAACAAACUCCGAUAUGAUAUCGAGAACGCGUAUUUCACACUGAUGUGGCAACUCGUUCAGAAACUGCAGGCUACGCUGCCCAUGCCCGAAGAGGCCGCCAGGAUGCUCGAGCGAUGUGCCAAGGCGCGUGGCGAUGUCAUUGCGGAGUUAGGCCUGUCAAAGACACAGGGAAAGCAAGUAUUGCUACAAGUUAUCAAUGGCGGGAGCCCUCCUACCAACCUCUCUGGACAUGAUGUGAUUCUUGGGCUUCGGAAAGCUUGCAUUUGGAUGAAAUGCUUGGCUGUGUCAAACCUUCCAGAUCUUUAUGCCUACUGUUGCAAAGAAAACAAGCCAGUCCCGGAGAAUUCCGCCAUAGCUUACUUGUAUCAGGCUGUGGAGGAUUUAGUGCUCUCGAGCUGGGUAGAUUACCUCAUGACACUGGAUCUCUCACACUUGUCUCUACAUUUUGACGGCUGCAGGAUCCAGGGUCGUUCCCUCGACAUCGAGUCAAUUUGUCAGUCAUCAUCCGAAUGGAUUGCCAAGGAGACCGGCUUCCAGGUUAGCGUGAAGGAAAAGAAGCAUUACUUUUUCUUAGACCUAUUGAAGAAGGAAGGGCGAUUCAAUGAAACCAAGACCCUGUCAACCAGGCUUACUAGUCCAGCAAACGGGAUUCUGGCGUGUUUGGCCUACGUUACGGAUCUGUGGUCUGAGUUGGAAGCAUGGCUUGAGAAAGACUCGUCAGAGCUUGAACAAGAGCAAAGGCACCGUUCGUACAAAGAAUGCUUCAAUGCCGCGAAACUUUCUUGCGUGCCAGAACUAGGCUGCUGUGUUCAAAAGCCGGGAAAAUAUUUGCUUCAUUGUGAGCACACAGGCUCGCCGCUCGUUCUUGGCUGCCUAUGUGCAGAGGAGGCCUGCAAAGUCUUGAUUGGGGAUGCAGUCUAUGACAUCGGAAAAGAUCUUCUAAACAGCUGUGCUGAGGAAUCAAUAGAUUCUGCGUCUCUAGUGACAUUUUGGCUGCAAGAUGAAGAUGAAGGCGCAAAGCGACAGAAAGACAAUGGCAUCCUCUUAGAACUUCAAGCAGGAGUGGACUUAAUAGGAGGCGCGAAUUUGGAUCAGCUUUGCGUCUGUGAAGGCUUGGUCGAAGGUUCAGACGAUGAAGGCAUGGCUGGAGCAGCGCAAGCUGACAGUCACUCCGAAGCAGCUGUGCGUGUCGGGGACGACCUUUUGGCUUUAUUGAAGCAGGAAAGAGAUGCAAUCCGUGACAGCACAGAGACUGUGCAUGAGGGGCGUUUUCAUCGUUGUCCAUUGUGUCCGUUCCGGCACUUUAGUCGUCCCGGGCGCGUGGCGGAGCAUGUCCAACGAUAUCACACAGCCAAACGCCAGUUUUCCUGCAGUGGAACAAAGCAGAUCCGAAUCAUCCAAGCUUUAUUCGAUGAUGACCAGCUUCGGAAUGUCCCACCAGCUGCCCGGUACCUGAGAAGAAGCGCUGCCAUGCUUCGCGCAUCAGUCUCGCAAGCGGAUGCAUCCAUCAACCACCUCGACCGCCACCUGCGCUUAGUUCUCACUGAAAAGGGCCCAGUAUACAAAAGUUAUGAGGUUGUCGCUGAUAAGGACAGCCCAUAUCGCCGGGCCAAGAACUUGUACUACACCCACGGAUUUGCUGAUUUGCUUUACCAAGAAAUGAUGGUCUGCAAUGCGAAGGCAGCUAGUCGCUUGGCAUUGCGCUUAUCAGCUGGCGGCUCGAAGCUUACGAGCCUCCUGCCCCAGCAUGCCAGACAUUGGUGGCCAUUGGUGGAAGAUAUCUUUUACUCUGAAGCUGUUCAGAAGAUAUUCGAUGCUGCCAUGGCAGAAGCGGUGGACCACACCGAAUUUGAGUUCAUCAGUGUGGAUGCCACCUUGAAGUGCUGUCUGUCUAUACUCGGCCAAGCUUCUCUCAGAGCCGGUGCGAAGGAGCAAGCGGAAGCUGUUUUCAAGGGGAAGGAUUCGUUUCGAAAGGUACUGACAGCUCGAGGCCGCACGGGAUGUGUUCUACUGAUGGCUCCGGUGCCAAGCGAGGACGCUUCUGCCAUUGCCGAGCAUUUGGCCAGCUCUCUCCCUCUGAAUGGCUUGGCCCAGACUAGAGUUGUGUUCACUGAUGAUCCUUCGGCGCGCUUAUUGUCCACUCUGAGGAAUGUCAUGCCAAAACUAGAGCUCCUGUGCCUUGACCCGGUCCACCUCUGCAUGACCUUUGAAUAUGGCACAUACAGAAGGAGGACCAAGGCUUCGACCACAUUGAGGGCAAUCAUGAACAAAUUCAAUGCUGUGGACUUUGUCAGUCCCAACGGCUACAAGUCCAGGCCCUUUAACGGAAUCAUGGCUGUUGACUUUGAUCAUGUGACAAAAGCCCGCAGGGAGCAGAUUUUAAGCGGUGGAAUGGCCAAGGCCCGGGCUGAAAGCAUUCUUGCCGCCCUUGAUCCAACAAAGCCUUGGAAAUGUGAAAGAGAUGUGAUUGAGGCCAUAGCAGCCCUGGCCUGCUGUUACACUGAUGAUGUGGACAAAACCAUUCCCGGCCCGAAUCGUUCCGGGCGACAGAUCUUGUAUACUGCAUGUGCACCGGCCAGAUUGCAGUGGUACUUUAACAACAUCCGCGCGCGGCAUUCGCUGCCGGCGGAUAAGGUUGUGCUUUUGCCUGCAGGGACAACCUCAAACGAGGCACUGCACGCAGAGGUCCGGGCAUGGUUCCGAGAAACGCAGCAGAUGCACAAGAGCACCUUGCAAAUCAAACUGCAGGUGUUGCAUCUAGCAAAACUUGUUUCUCACCAUGUAGCCAUGUACAGACCAUGCCUGCGACAAGUUUCAUCCAACUGCGUCCUGGCUAGAUCUGCUGUGUCUUCACCUUGGAGGAAGCCGAGGUGUUGGACUAGGUUUGCUGCCGGAAGCUGUAAAGCAGACUUACCUCUGAACAGGCGCAGAAAGUAUGAAGCUUCCCUUGUGAAGGGCAGUGCCUUGAAGAGGCCUGCGACAAAGCGGCCUGCUGCGAAGCAGCCGCCAACCGGAGGGCAUCGAACUCCUUUCAACAGAAAGAGAGUUUCGAAAUGUAGAAUCAUGGGCCGGAAGAAGGUCUGA